GAAAACAACAAAUUGUUUAUUAUUUAGUUUAAGGCCAGAAUUAAAAACUAAUAAGCAGCAUAUAAAGCGAAAUGUUAUUAAGCAAGUUGGGACAAUUAUUUCACUACUAAUUCGACCUGCUUUGCUCUGCAUUAAACAAAAACUAUUACGCGCGCAGACGUGACAACACCGCGCCAUUUGGGCAUUAAAUAAAUCAGUUUCAGUUUAGCCAACUGCUGUGGCGUUUUGGCCUGUUUUUUUGGGUUUGGUUUAACACAAUUUACGCGCUGCGUGCCUGUCCCAUAAAAGCUUAUAAAAUUGGCAAAAUAACUAAGCAUAACACAAAGAUGCCGCCAGCGUCUGCGGUGAACAAUAACAAUGCGGCUGUGCAAGCCGCAGCUGCAGAGCGUGCAGAAAAACUGCGAGGGUCACUUAAAGGCUUUAUUCUAGCCGACCGAAAGCGCAGACAGGAGGAGUAUGAAAGACAAUGCGAGGAGCUGCGCCUGCGGCGCGAGCGAGAAGCACGUGAACGCGAAAAUAAUUUGUCGCUAGCGGAUACACGUAGUGAGAUCAGCCGACUGGACGAGCAGGUGGCCGAUUUGUAUAACAAGAAGCACCAGCUGGUGGUGCAACUGAAGAAGGUGCUAAACGAUGACGAAACGCGCAAAAAACAGGCGAAAGAGAACGAACUGUUUGCCCUGCAGCAGGUGCAGGCCAUGCAGCAGGCGGCGGCGGCCAGCGCAGCCACAGCCCAGGUAUUUUUGACUUCCGGUCGUAUACACCAUCAGCUGCCUAUACUGCAAAAGCAGCCGCCUGCGCCGGGCACCCAGGCGGCGUCUGUGAAACGCGGACGCAGCCCCUCGCCGCCCAGCCAGCAGCAUCAGGCGUACUACAAGAGCCCCGCCAACUAUGCACAACAGCAAACGAAGUCCACGGCGCAGUAUCCGAGCACGGGUACCCUAUUCUAUCAGACGACUGCGGCGCCACCGACCACACAGCAUCAGGCAGAGGCACGCCUACAGUCCAUAUACAACAACUAUGGCCUGCCACUGCGGCCCGGAUACCAUGUGGAGCUACAGACUGGGCCCAGUGCAACUGUCAGCAAGGCGCCCGGCUCACAAUCACCAUCACCCAAAGCCCAGCCCAUGCAGGUGCUGCACAUCAAUUUGGAUCAACCGCCCAUAUCGCAGGCUGACCUGGUGCAGGUGCAGACUGCCGCCAGUAGCCUAACCGUGCAAACGUCCAAGCCGCAAGUGACCAUGGAGAAGCUGCCGGAUCGCUAUCACAUUGAGGUCAAGCAUGAGGGCUCGACACAGAGCCAUGUACCGCCGCCGCCGCAUUUACUGUCCGAAGGCGGUGUCAUAUAUAAGCCCAUGCAGAGCGAGCUAUCGCUGCAUCCCAAUGUACUGCAAAUCAGCACCAGUGCGGCGCAGAAUCCCAAGGCAACGGGCAGCAUAACGCAAGGCUAUGCGCCGGGACGCGCCGCCAAUAACUAUGAUCAGCAAUUAACCAGGCAACAACUGUCCAUGCAGCCGGCCGCUGGCUCCAGCGCCGGGCAGACCUCACAUGGCCAGCAGAUACAAUACACGCGACGCUUGUAUUAAUAAUAAUAUUAAAUUUGCUAAGCUCACUCAUAAUUUUACGAUUUUAACUGGAAAUAAUUUCGAUUUUUGACUACGCUGCUUUGCAGCCGCAGCACACAAUAAAGCACAC